AAAGUUCCGAAAUGGAUGAGAAGCAAGCGAAAAGCCCUCAAGGAACCACGCCCCGUCACAUGUCCAGGACGUUCUCCAAGCAAAAGCAGCUCGCAGAGGAGAGGACUUCGCGGCGCGAUCUUACAGGAAGCAAGAAGCGGCGGCCCCAUUCCAAGGACACGAUAAGGGCUUUGCAAGAAACUACCGACGUUGAAGCAGCCCCGUCCUACGUGACCAAUAUCAAGGCAGCAAACGCCAAGUCCAUGGUCAAUGAGGGCAUCGAGUUGGAGAAAGCACAUUCGCCGUCUUCAGACGACAGGACUACGCGACAGGAUCAGCGAACCCACAAGGGGAGGCGUUCCCACACAAAAGAACUUGCUAAGGGUGCACAAGACACUAUUCAUAAUGACAUAGCCCAGCAGCGCGCCACAUAUGCCCGGGCCCAGGACGCCAAGUCUCCGGAAAAUGGCGGAUCCGACCACGUCCAGGAGGCCGCUGGUGGUGAAACAAGGCCUGCGCAACCGACCUAUGCCCAGUCCGGGAAACCAAAGCCUCCACCCAGUGCCGGCAUCGAUCUGAGCAAGUUGUGUUCGGAGGAUGCCAACGCGCAAAUCCAGCUUAAAGCGAGUGCUGUCAAGGCCGAAAGCGCCACUAAUUCCACCAUCGCAUGUGAAGAAGGGCCGUCGAUUCCCACUGCUGUCGACACGUCUAACCAAACCAGGAGCGCCAGCACACUGCUUCGGUGGUCCAGACAUGCAAAGACAAGGCCGUUGGUGGAAGUGGGAAUGCUUCUCGUCACACUGAGCGGGCUUAUCCUGAUCGUAUUCUUGCUGUACAUCCACGACGCCCCGACAACCAUGGUGUGCCAUAACGACGUUUGCGAACACUACAACCAGCUGCUGCGCGAGUCCCUGGGCUCCGCCGAGGACGCCUGCCACGACUUUCACCAGUUCGUGUGCUCCCGCUGGGAGGCAGCGCACGAGCGUUCGCUCCAGCACUACGUCCACAAGCGCUUCUUCGAGAAGGUGUACGCGGAGGCACUCACUACCACCGUGCCCCGAACUGGCCAGACCGCCGCGCAGAAAGCCGUCAUGUUCUACAGGUCGUGCUUUCGCGUUUCUAACGCGGAGAUAGACCAUCUGGAGACCGUCAAGGAACUCCUGCUCGACGCUGGCGUCACGUGGCCGGAGCUCAGCAACUCCCCCAACCUCCUGCGUACGCUGUUCCUCAUGACGGCCGCUUGGAACUGGGCCAGUCCCCUCCAAUUCCUCGUGCACCGUGAGGGCAGACUUGAAGUGAAGCCCGACGCGUUGUACCGCGACGUGCUGGCAAAGAGGAACGACAUGUUGAAAGCCGUAGCGCAGAGAUCCUACUACGCCGACUACUACGACAGAAUGGUGCAGGCGUUUGCUCGGUCAGGAGGGCAGGAGCUUCCAUACGCGGAGAUGCUCACACUCGAGUCCAGCGCCAUCUCACAGCUCUUUCCAUUCUACGCGCCUGUCAAUUCGACAUCAUUGGACAAUGCAAGCUUGGACGACAUCGUGGCCCUGGCGGGGAACGUCUUUCCCAACCAUGUCUGGCAGGAAGAACUGCGCAUGCUGGGCAACACUACGGCGAUGUCUGUGUAUAACGCGGAAUACACGUUCAGAAUCCAUAACGCUGCGUUCUUCGCCGCCUUCUUUGAAUUCACCAAAAAAGAAGGAGAAGAGCGAACAGCCUACUACGUCGGCUGGUGCGUGGUUCAGGUGGCAUCGCAGCUGGCAAACCGGGACCUGGUCCGCUUCUCAUACCAGAGUGUCAAGGAAGUCGCUCCAGGCCACGCUAAGCUUUGCUCCACGCUCGCACACAACUACUACGGUCUCGCGUUCUACGCCAGACACAUGAAGCAGCAACACACCGACGGAGUGAUCAAAGGCGUCUCCGCCAUGAUGCAUAACAUCCGGGCCUCAAUCCGCGCGAACAUAAACGAUACGCUUGGGAGACCGCUGCUCCCGGCCGUUCCAAUGCUGAGCGCGGACAGCCACCCGGACGACGCCCUGCGAAUAUUGAAGGAACUAGAAGACAGAACGCUCAACGCCGCGUACAGCCAGUUUCCAGACAUGAGCGAGAACGUAUGGGAGAACAUCGCAGCCGCUACGAGCGCCACACGGCGGUCUGACAUGGAGAUUAUGAUGAAAGGAAACCUGGGGAGUGAUGAGGUACCCCGAGUCAUCUACUAUUUCAAUGACAAGGCUGGUUUCGAGUUUCUACCGAUGGCAUUCGAAGCGCCCGUGUACAGCACCCAAGCCUUAGACGCCACCAACUACGGUGUGCUAGGAAGCGAGAUCGCCGCCGCCUUCGUCGAUUUUCUGUUCGCGGCCCUCCUGGGAGCAGACAACGAGACGCGAGCUGAUUUCGAGGCGAAGACCUUGUGCUUUGUGGAAUCACUGCCGCCGAACUUAACCGAUGCUACAAACGCGCGGGCGCUCUUGAAGCGAGCGGUAUCACUAAGAAUUGUUUACAGCGCGUUCCAUGCACCGAUCGACCGGCAAGGGACGGAAAUGAGGCUCGUAGGCCACCUAGACAUCACGGAGAGGCAGAUGCUGUUCAUCUUCUGGUGCCUGUACCAAUGCAGUACUCCUGACGCACAGUACAAGUGCAACGUUCCGGUGAAGACGUUCAGGCAGUUCGGGGCUGCCUUCGGUUGCCUCCGUGGCAGCGAAAUGUACAGCGGACAAGAUUGCCCAGUGCUAGUGUAAUUGCCGUGGAUGAAAUGACGCCCAGCCAACCAGCCACAUUCGCAGUGCCGGAGCGUUCGCAGACACGUACUGUAGGCACUACUACUAUGCGUGGCGCUCAACAAGUCACUCUUUGUGCGAAGGAAAAUACCUCUUUUGUGUAGACUAGCAGCAGUGACAGCUAGUGCUCACGUGUAUUUUCUCUUGUUCCUUGCCACCAAGGGCGGACUUCGCGACUGUGGACUGAACUCUGCUUACUUUCGAUAGGUUACAUCUGUUUUGCCUAUCAUGCGCAAUGUCAAUCUUUGAUGAUUAUAAUUACCUGAUUUAGACCACUGCUGGCGAUUAGCAGUGGUUCUUGUUCUCGCCUAUGUCUUGUGGAAUUGAUGCGCCAAAACAUUGUGCGCUAUGCAAUGGUAUUUGAGCUGGUAAUAUAUGCAGAU